GAGGGUGUGGAGAGCAGAGCGAGAGGAGCAAGGAACGAGGGGGAGAUCUCUGGAUCCGCUUCUCCGUGAGGGACGGAGAGAGAGAGAGAGGGAGCGCAGGGCUGGCUCAACAAGAGGAGAGGGAGACAAAGGAGGGGAAAAAAAGAGGGGACAAAGAAGAAGAAGAUCGGGAGAAGUUGACGGAGGAUCCUAAGAGCUAUGGGUUGUGCUCAGAGUGGACAUUGGUGUGUAAAGGAGAGGGGCGCUGCACCAGCCGGACACCCGAAGACCAGGGACUGCUCAGAGGACUGCCCGGAGAUCCUUAGCCUCGCUGAGUUGGGCAAGGUUGGGCCUCAUAACUUCAAAGAGAAAAACUUCAAGAAGAAACACCACUGUGGAGUGUGCAAGCAGACCAUAGACAGCCAUGGAUUCUUUUGUAAAGAUUGUAAAAUUGCUGUCCAUAGGAAAUGUGAAGCAAAGGCCCCCUCCUCCUGUGUGCCCCCCUCUGAACAACGGGUGAGUUUGACCUGAAGUCACCUGGAAAACAAGUAUUUUAUAUGAGCUGUUGAUGUCCAUCUGAUUUGGCUUUGUU